AUGAAGUCCCUCAGCUUCGUCGCAGCUGGCUUGGUCCUGGGCCUGCCCCAGACCUUGGCCGCACCGAGCAAGUCCCAGAUCAAGUGGGGGAAAUGCAACCUGCCCUGGGGCAAGGACACCGAUGCUGCCAUCUAUGGCGAUGUUGAGUGCGCAACCCUCAAGGCUCCUCUCGACUACACCAAGCCUGAUAACGGAAAGACCAUCGAUCUGCAGCUUGCUAGGGUCAAGGCGAAGGUGCAGCCGGCCAGGGGCAGCGUCUUUUAUAACCCGGGUGGCCCUGGAACUUCGGCUGUUGAGUACCUUGUAACCAGUACAGAAGACUAUUACAACGUUCUCGGUGGUCAAUACAACUUGGUUGCUGUUGAUCCACGUGGAACCGGCCGAACCAUCCCCUUUAACUGCUCAAUCGAAGAGGAAGAAGAGGGUGACAAGAAAGCCGCAACGUCAAAGCUAUCACGCCGUUUUGACGUUCUCCCACAGGCCAAUACCUGGCCUACCUUCAAGGGUGAGACUUGGGACCAGUUGGGCGAGAGGGCAAAGCAGUGCUACAAGGCCCGGAAGGAGACUGGCGCCUUCAUCGGCACAGCGUUCAGUGCUCGAGAUAUCAUGGCUGCUGUCGAUGCCUUGGGCGAGGAUGGCAAGCUGAGGUACUGGGGCAUCUCGUACGGCACUGUCCUGGGACAAACCCUCGCCGGCAUGUUUCCCGACCGCAUCGACCGGAUGGUCCUUGAUGGCACUGUCAUGAUCGACGAGUACGUCAUGGGCCUAAACCCUUCCCUUGUCAAGGAUACCGAGAGGUCUCUGCUGCACCUUGUUGAAGAGUGCGUCGACUCUGGCCCCAAGCUUUGCAAGCUGGCCGACUGGGCGGGGUCCAACACAACUGUCGAGGUCCUGACCAUAGCCAUUGAAGAAGUCUGGACCGAGUUGAUCAAGGUUUCCAAGAUUCCAGAGAAGUGGGGUCUUCCCAAGGAAACAGGUUAUUUCCAGGGCGGUGUUUCGUUCCUGGUCAGCAUAAAAAACCACAUCCAGCAAGCCCUUUAUGACCCUGACAAGUUCAUCGAUCUCAUCGACUUCCUUGAGAAGAUGCUUGACGGCGAAUGGAAGGAAGUCUAUGAAAUCAUGAAUCCUAGCACAGAAGGAGAAGAGGAAGAAGAGCCGACUGAGAAGUGGAACUGGGGCGAGGACGAUGCACUGAACGGAAUCUACUGCAGCGACCAGGCUUACCGCGCCGAAACGGUUGACGACCUCUACUCAGCCUGGGCGCUUCACUCGGAGCAGAGCUCUUUCAGCGACGCCGGCGCUAGUGGAGAGCUCAACUGUGCCCGAUGGCCGUUCAAGGCGGCAGAGACGAUCGACAUGAACAAGUUCAAGCACGUCAACACAAGGGUGCCCAUCCUGUUCGUCAACAGCAGAUACGACCCGGUUACCCCCUUGGUCUCGGCUUACGAGGCUUCCACCCGCUUCAACGGAAGCAGAGUUGUGGUCCACGAGGGCGAGGGUCACGGUAUUCACGGAAACCCGUCAGUGUGCACGUACACCGCCAUUAUAAAUUACUUCAAGAACGGUCGGCUGCCAAAGCCUGGCGUCUCAUGCCCGGUCAAGACCCCGAUCUUCCAGUUCUUGAAGGAGAAAGCAGCGGCUCAAACCGAGACCGAGUCGGGAUAA